AUGACAACAAUUGUCAUCGGUAAUUACGGCCGACUCCACGUCGAGAACAUUCGAUACCACGCGCCGCCUGUUCCAUCUGUAUCGCUGUCUGCCGGCUCACCCCGAACCCGUCACCACCGCGUUAGUGCGUUGUUGACUGUUGUCCGUUCGUCGCAACUUUUGCUGCGGCAACCCCGGCUCGCGUGUCACGUCCGGGUCUUGCGCGACAGACUAUUUCCACGUGAUCGGUGGUUCUGA